CCUCGGAGGUGAUAGCAUCGACCCUCGCCCCGCCACGCGUCGCUCCAGAGGCGAGUGAUACCUCAGCCGACUCAGACCGCGUCAUUGCUGGAAAACAUCAACCAUUACGAUGAGAAGUGAUAAUUCAUUGUACUAAUACAUGACACAGUUGCGGCAGUCAUCGUACGUUUUAUUGCUGGUCGCAGGAACUAAAAGUGAACAGGAGCGCAGCAGGACUGAAGUGGUGCCGCAGGUGGAGCAGCCGCACCUUUAACACGCUUCCUGGACGAGGAAGCCCAGGAGGGGAUGCGCCGAGUGUUCCAGCUCUGAAUCACCUGCCACGGAAGACCAGCGGCCCCGUGCAGGCAGCGAGACAAGUCAGAUUAAUGCCUUGCUGUCGCCUUCAGCAAGAUAGGAAGGAAGUUAAUGAUGAAUGAGUCGCAUAAUGAGCCGCUUUAAACCUCAAGAAGUGGCGGUGCAGUGAGCAUGCAGCCCCCUUGGUAGGCCUUUCCUGGCUCGUUAAGGCAGUGAGAGACUAUGUUCGUGAUGUGACUGUAGCAGAUUUGAAAGUGUUACGUGUUAAUGAAAAGAUGAUGUUUUCUCACUGUUCUGAAGACUUCCGUGGCAUUUUCUAUAUAAUGCAUAAGAUCAUGUGGGAAAUAUUGUAACAAAGACUGCGAAGUAACCAAUGAGCCGCCAGCAGACAGCAGCAGCAGCAGCAGCGGCAUUAGAGGUGACGCGUCGUGGUGUAGUGACGAUGUGACCUGCUCAUCGCUCACUGUUGAAGUGUCGCGCGAGGAACUGUCCCGGGGGAGUGGGCAGCUUAGUGUCGCGGAAAUGAUGCUUCACAACCCUAAUGGGUAUGAUCACUCAGUGUCCUCGCUUGAUGGCCUGCAAAGUGGUGUAUUACUGCCAUAAUAGACUGACCGCAGUGGAACAUUUCACUGCAUUUUUGGAACCUUUUAUAAGAGAAAUAAUGAACUGUCAGAAUACAAGAAGUGCAUAAACUAAAGCAAGAACAGUCCCAGUGGAGGAAGUAGUGUGCUGAAGACUCGCUAUCAGAAUGUGUACGUUUAAGUUAUUUACAAUGCAGCAGACGCAAGGGAAUUACAUUAUUUAACGGAAUAUUGGAAAAUGUAUAUCAGAGGCGAAAUUGAAUGCCUAAAACUUUUUUGAGCCAAUAAAAUACAUACAUGCAAUUGUGAAUCCCAACAGGAGCGAGUGGAGAGAGGCGGAGGCACGGGACAGGCAUGACGGUGUGAUGAAGAUACCAGGCCACGGUGUAGAUGACUGUGAAGGACAGGGCCGAGGCAGUGAGCGGCGCCUGUUGACGUGCAUGCUGACACACGGCAAGACCGAUAACUUGAGCAACGGUGAAGACUGAGGGAGCAAUGAUUACACCAGCCACCAAAUUUAGUUACGAAUGACAAAAUUCCUGCACUGUGGACAAUAAACGGACGAGAACAAGAAAAUAAUGAAACUGGAGUAAAGUGAUCCUUUACGUUAGUGAGACGUUCAUGCAAGCAGGUUUUGCCUACUAACUAUAACAAAACCAGAUCUUUUGUUUCCUUUCGUGGAAAAGUCGAGUAAAAGAAAAAAAAACUUUGUGCUCUGGAUGAACAGUGUGAGCGCUCGGGGAAGCUUUCACUAAUGACGGACACGUUAGUCGAGCAAGAGCCACAAGGAGACGCAUCAUAGUAGCGGCCGGGCACUGACACCCUGGUUGGCAGCAGCGUAGUACCAACAGGCAGGCUUCCUGGUUCUCACCACCACCGGCAUGAGCUUGCGCCUGACGCCCCCCGCCAUGCUGAGUGCCAGCAUCAUGCUGGCCUCGCUUCUCAUCCUGCUCGGGGCCAACUCUGGAUCGGCGGAGCCCAACCCAGAACCCGCUAAAGGCAAGAGCAAGAAGGAAGGAGGCAACUGGACGCCCCCGGAGUUUGACGAGACUCUCCCCAGCAGUGUCACGGUGAUGGAGGGAGAAACUGCCAUUCUGCCCUGCGUUGUCACCAAACUGCGAGGCCGCUCUGUGUCGUGGAUCAGACAGAGCGACUUGCACGUCAUCUCCGCCAACCAGCUCAUCUUCACGUCAGACGAUCGGUUCAAGGUGAGGAUGGAGAACGAGACGUCCUUCGAGCUGGAGGUGCGCACUGCUCUCACUAACGACUCCGGCGUGUACGAGUGUCAGGUGAACACCCGGCCCAAGCUGUCCCGCCCCGUCGCCCUCACGGUCCAAGCGAGCGGGGCGAUCAUUCACGGCCCCGCGGAGGUGUACAUCAAGACGGGCUCCACACUGGUCCUCACUUGCUCCGCCGCUAUCCACGCUAACGCCAUCACUAAGGUGGACUGGGAGCACAACGACACCAAAGUCACCAUCUCGGGACCCCGCGGCGGGGUGAGCAUCCACACCGAGGCAGGCGGGCGAGAGGUGCGGGAGGUCACGUCCAGGCUGUCAGUGGUACGGGCAGCCCCUCCUGACGCUGGGAACUACACCUGCCACCCGCACGCCGCCCUGCCCGCCACCACCACCGUCUACAUCGUCGACGAACAGUUCCCGGCCGCCAUGCACCACGAGAGUCGGGCGGGGCCGGUGGUGUCUCCCUGCUCGGUGUUCCUGCUGGGCGCCGCCUUCCUCGCCAUCAGAUGAUCUGUCCACCACACACAUCUCGCCAUUUUUUACUUCCUGCCUUUUGUAUGGCUCUCCCGGACCUUAUGUUACUUUGUAUCCAUUAAGGCGUCAUGAUUAGCUGUGUUCGGAGAUGUAAUUAGCAUAUACUCUAUAUUGUCAAAG